AUGACAGUUGGAAAUUCAGAUGAAUUUGCUGUAGAAUAUGUUACAGUCGACAUAGAAGAAGGCACCAUCAGAGGUCGGAUGUUCGAAACGUAUACCGACAAACCCAUGUACAGAUUUGAAGGUAUUCCGUAUGCAGAACCACCAGUUGGAGAUCUCCGAUUCCAACCGCCAGUGAAAAAGUCGGCGUGGACUGGCGUGAAAGACACCCUGGCGGCGGGACCGAAGUGUCCCCAGUACAGCAGCGGAGAAGCGAUCGGUGACGAGGACUGCUUGUAUCUCAGCGUGUUCGGUCCAGGGAUGCCGACGAGAAAUGGAACACUGAAAAAUGUUAUGGUUUUUAUCCACGGAGGAUGUUUCACAGGAGGAGCUGGUUCUGCGAGACCGUACUACUACGUGGACCAGGAUGUCAUACUUGUCAACAUAAAUUAUCGACUGGGACUUCUGGGUUUCCUGAGCACCGGCGAUGAGGUGGUCCCUGGGAACAUGGGUCUUAAGGACCAGACAGAGGCACUUCGCUGGGUCCAGAGGAACAUACAGGCUUUUGGAGGUGAUCCACAAAAAGUAACCAUCUUAGGUCAAAGUGCUGGAGGGGCAUCCGUUCAUUACCACGUUUUGUCUUCACUAAGCAAAGGUUUGUAUAAGAGCGCCAUAGCGAUGAGUGGAUCGGCAUUAAACCCUUGGGCAUUCACGAUAAACGCUACAGACAGAGCAGUGCGGUUUGCCAAACACCUGGGCUACGCUGGGAAAUGUUCCACUGAUCUUCUGAAUUUUUUAAAAAGUAUAAAUGCGAGCACACUAGUGAAGGACAGAACUGCUGCUCUAUCGGAAGAGGAUAGCCUCAGUUUGUUCACCUGUGUCUGGACGCCCACUGCCGAACCGGAACACGAUGGUGCCUUCUUGACGGAAAAGCCGUGGACGCUUGUUGCCGAAGGCCGCUAUAAUCUGGUUCCCUUCAUGGCUGGUAAUACUGACCUCGAGCGAGUUGGACACACACAGAAGGGUGGUAUAUUAUCCACUGAAAAACAAAUAAACAACCUGAAUGAGAACUUUGACGAGAUUGUGGGAUGUGAUCUACGACUUCCGACGAGGGAAGAACGGCUGAAAGGUGCCGCGUCCGUCAAAGAGUUCUACUACAACGGCAGCGACAUCACACUGAAGGACAACUACACCACCGCUCUUGUAAGUCGGAGAAAAUAA